UCAAAAGUAGAGAUGCAAUAAUGCAUUAUAUAUCUUCAUCCUCAUUUCCAUUUCAAACUAACAUCCACACUCCAACACAACCCAACAAGGCAAAUAUUCAAUGGCAAAUCAAAAGAACAACAUCAUCAUUGAACAAUCCUCAGAAGACAAUAAUCUCCCAAAAAUAUUCCUUCACGGUCCUCCCAAAUUCUCCAUAGUUCUCCAACCCAAACCUUCUCACAACUUUCAUAUCCUAAACCCUUCUUCUCAUCCCCCACUCCACGAAUUCAUAGCUCUUAAUCCUCACCAUGUCUCCUCCAUCACCGCCGUUGUCUGUACUGGCGGCUUCCCCGUUAACGCUGAGGUCCUCCAACUUCUCCCCUCGCUCCGUCUCGUAUGCACCCCCAGUGCCGGAACUAAUCACAUUGAUCUCUCUGAGUGUCUUCGUCGGGGUAUCCAGGUUUCGAGUGCCGGAAAUCUUUUCUCUGAGGAUGUUGCUGAUUUGGCUGUGGCUUUGCUGAUUGAUGUUGGAAGGAAAAUUUCAGCAGCAGAUCGAUUCUUGAGAAGUCAGCUUCAGAAGCCUUGGGAUUUUCCACUUGGUUCUAAGUUAACAGGAAAAAAGAUUGGAAUUGUUGGUAUGGGAAGAAUUGGCUUAGAAGUUGCAAAGAGACUUGAAGCAUUCAGUUGCAUGAUAUCAUACAACUCUAGAAACAAAAAACCAUUACUUUCAUACCCUUUCUAUUCAAGUGUCUUAGAACUUGCCACUAACACCAAUGUGAUCAUUCUCUGUUGUGACUUGAAUGACCAAACAAGGCACAUUGUCAACAAAGAAGUCAUGUUAGCAUUAGGAAAAAGAGGAAUCAUAGUAAAUGUUGGAAGAGGUGCUCUCAUUGAUGAAAAGGAAUUGUUAAAGUGUUUGAUCGAAGGUGAAAUUGGAGGUGCUGGUUUAGAUGUGUUUGAGAAUGAACCUCAUGUUCCUAAAGAGUUCUUUUCUUUGGAUAAUGUUGUUUUGUCACCUCAUAAAGGUGCCUUAACUUCAGAGUCUUUGAUUGGUAUCUCUCAACUUGUGGAACAAAAUUUGAAAGCUUUCUUUUCAAAUAAGCCUCUGAUUACUCCAGUUAUAUAGUUGAAUUUAAUGUCUUUGGAAAUCUCAAUUUCCACGGUAACAUUCGAUGUUUCGCCAAAGUCGCCGUUCGUAUUCUUCAUCUUACCGUGUUACCAAACAUACUCUGAUUUCUGUUUUCUUUAUCAUGCUUUGAAUAAAUUGUGUAGUUGGAUGGAAUGUAUAUAUGAUGGUGUUUUGUGCUAAUUUUUGUUACGUUGAAAUUAUAGAAUAUACACAACUUCAUGUGAAGUUCAAGUUCUCAAUCAGCUCUAAUGAAUAGGUGCUUCAACUUCUGUUUUUAGUCCAUAAAAAAACUAGUAACCAG